AAAGCCACUAACGGAUGCCCCCUCGUAUUACAAUAGGAAGGGUUAUUUCAGCAUAAAUGCUAUGAUUAUAUGUGAUCACAACAUGACAAUUCAAGCUGUUGAUGCAACGCAUCCCGGCUCCAGCCACGAUUCUUUUAUCUGGAAGCUCAGCAAUGCAUAUUCUCAUUUUGUGGCAAAAUAUCGGGGUGGCGAGCGUUGUUUUCAUUUGUUGGGCGAUAGUGGUUAUGGCAUUGAACCAUUUUUGAUAACUCCAUUUAGGAAUCCAAUUGCCAAUACAAUAGAGCAUAACUUUAAUGUAGUACACGCUUCUGCGCGUAAUAUUGUUGAACGAACUAUAGGCGUCUUAAAAUCUCGAUUUCGUUGUUUAAUUAGUUGCUUGCACUACAGUCCACAAAAAGUUGUUAAAAUUAUUAAUGUCUGUUGCGCACUUCACAAUGUGUGUAGACACUACAACGUUAACUUCGAUGAAGAAAAUAUUACUGAAAAUAUUAAUUUCCAAAAUAUGAACAACGAAAAUAAUAUCGAUGAUGAAAGAGUAUCAUCGUUAUAUAACGAAGGAGUUCGUGUCAGAAAUGAAAUAGCAAACAAUCUUACAGUUUGA